AUGGGUUUCUGGCCAUUCUCAAGCGAAUCCCGCGCCGACGCCAUCCGCUCCGGCGACGCGAUACCAAACCGUCAAGAGCGCAAGAUCUGCUGGGCCGCCCGCGAUGCCUACUUCAACUGUCUAGACGCCCACAACAUCGUCGACGCCACCAAGGAUCCAUCAGCGACAAAGAAGGCUUGUCCAGUCGAGACGGCGGACUUCGAGAGGGACUGUGCGGCUGCUUGGGUCAAGUACUUCAAGCAGUGGAGGGUUGCCGAUAUUCAGAAGAAGCGACGCCUGGACGAGUUGAGAGCACAGGGUGCACAGGAGAUGACGGUUACGACGAGCUUUGCGCCAGAGGGCGGUGCUGGGGAGAAGGGCAAGGGCGUGGGCGAUAUUCAGGCCAUGUUGGACAAGAAGAAGUAA